AGGUGACCGCGCGCCGGGUGGUGUUGGCUGAGGCCGAGGGGCCGCAGAGGCGCUCACGGGCCGCCAGGGCAGGAGGGGCAGCAGGGUCGCCGUCAUGGGAAGUUUGAAGGACGAGCUGCUCAAGGCCAUCUGGCACGCUUUCACCGCGCUCGACCUGGACCACAGCGGCAAGGUCUCUAAGUCUCAGCUCAAGGUCCUUUCCCAUAAUCUGUGUACCGUGCUGAAGGUUCCACAUGACCCAGUUGCCCUUGAAGAGCAUUUCAGGGAUGACGACGAAGGGCCUGUCUCUAAUCAGGGCUACAUGCCGUAUUUAAACAAGUUCAUUUUGGAAAAGGUCCAAGACAACUUUGACAAGAUAGAAUUCAAUAGGAUGUGUUGGACCCUCUGUGUCAAAAAAAACCUCACAAAGAGUCCCCUGCUCAUUACGGAAGAAGAUGCCUUUAAAGUAUGGGUUAUUUUCAACUUUUUAUCUGAGGACAAGUAUCCGUUAAUAAUUGUGCCAGAAGAGAUUGAAUACCUGCUGAAGAAACUUACGGAAGCUAUGGGAGGAGGUUGGCAGCAAGAACAAUUUGAACAUUAUAGAAUCAACUUUGAUGGCAGUAAAGAUGGCCUUUCUGUGUGGGAACUGAUUGAGCUUAUUGGAAAUGGACAGUUCAGCAAAGGCAUGGAUCGUCAGACAGUGUCUAUGGCAAUCCAUGAAGUCUUUAAUGAGCUAAUAUUAGAUGUGUUGAAACAGGGUUAUAUGAUGAAAAAAGGCCAUAGACGGAAAAACUGGACUGAACGCUGGUUUGUACUAAAACCCAACAUAAUUUCUUACUAUGUGAGUGAGGAUCUGAAAGAUAAGAAAGGAGAUAUUCUCUUGGAUGAAAAUUGCUAUGUAGAGUCCUUACCUGACAAAGAUGGAAAGAAAUGCCUUUUUCUCAUAAAAUGUUUUGAUAAGACCUUUGAAAUCAGUGCUUCAGAUAAGAAGAAGAGACAAGAGUGGAUUCAGGCCAUUCAUUCUACUAUCCAUCUGUUGAAGCUGGGCAGCCCUCCACCCCACAAAGAAGCGCGCCAACGCCGGAAAGAACUUCGGAAGAAGCUGCUGGCGGAGCAGGAGGAGCUGGAACGGCAGAUGAAGGAGCUCCAGACAGCCAACGAAAAUAAGCAGCAGGAGCUGGAGGCCGUGAGGAAGAAACUGGAAGAAGCAGCGUCUCGCGCAGCAGAAGAGGAAAAGAAACGCCUUCAGACUCAAGUGGAACUGCAGGCCCGGUUCAGCACAGAGCUGGAGCGAGAGAAGCUUAUCAGACAGCAGAUGGAAGAACAGGUUGCUCAGAAGUCCUCUGAACUGGAACAGUAUUUGCAGCGAGUACAGGAACUUGAAGACAUGUACCUAAAGCUGCAGGAGGCUCUUGAGGACGAGAGACAGGCCCGGCAAGAUGAAGAGAUGGUGCGGAAGCUUCAGGCCAGGUUAUUGGAGGAAGAGUCUUUGAAGAGGGCUGAACUGGAAAAGUGGCACUUGGAGCAGCAGCAGGCAAUUCAGACAACUGAAGCGGAGAAGCAAGAGUUGGAGAAUCAGCGUCUUCUGAAAGAACGAGCCCUUCAGGUGGCCAUGGAGCAGCUGGAGCAGCUGGAGUUAGAGCGGAAGCAAGCGCUCGAGCAGUAUGAGGGAGUUAAGAAGAAGCUGGAGAUGGCGACUAAUAAGACCAAGAGCUGGAAGGACAAAGUGGCCCAUCAUGAAGGAUUGAUUCGACUGAUAGAACCAGGUUCAAAGAACCCUCACCUGAUCACUAACUGGGGACCAGCUGCUUUCACGCAGGCAGAACUUGAAGAGAGAGAGAAGAACUGGAAAGAGAAGAAGACCACAGAGUGACUGUAUGUGGCGCAAGUCACACUGGUUGUGUAGAUACUUCAUGGCAGGAGAGCUUUAUGCUAAAGACAAAAGAAAUGGGCUUUGCUGCUUCUAACUCUUCUUCCUUCAGUGGCUCUAAUGGGGUCAAUAUCCUAAAGAAGCCUUCCUAUUUAUCUUCCUGAAAAGAAAAAAAGGCAAUUUUGAUUGUCAUGCUCUUUAUUUUCUCCGAAAACUUCAGCUUCUGAAAAUUACCUGUUAGUUCUGAUUCUUCUGUGUAUGAAGCAGUUUAUAGAUAGCACAGUCAACUCCUUCACCUGCAGUACCGGAGGGAGUGGGUGACAUAGGUGCUCAGUACCACUGGACAAUCAGAGUCUCUUGGGACUGGGUGUCAGGUUUUCCUUGGGCAGCAGGUUUGUUCUCCAAGUGCAUGUUUCAGACUAGUUUGGCCAUUCUGCUUGCCAUUCCGUGCCAGCUGACUUGAAACGCGUUUGACCAGGUCAGGCAGCCACUGCCAUUUCCUGGAUCACACUAUAUAUAUUAUAUUAUAGUUAUGACUUAGUAAGUUUCUUAGCUCAUACUAAGAAACAUCUUCCUUAUCCUUCAUAAACUGGCAUGUAUCAUUCCCAUCUCCUUCCUCCUCACCUCAAAGGAAACAUCCCUUUGCUCAUUACCUAACCUAAUUUUUCUCUCUUGUUCUCUCCCUGUAGCAAAUGAUACGCUACCAAGUAUGUGCCAGGCUGUGAGAGGAUUCUAUUAAGUAAUAAAGAAGCUAAUUCGAAAUAAAAUUUGGAUAAUUUAUAAAGCAGGUUCUAUGCACACGGGCAGUGGGAGUUGACUGUCUGCUAGACUCAAAACGUCAUGACGAUAGUGACGUGUCAUUCUAUUGGCUGAGCCGUGAUGUCGGCCUUUGUCAGUGGGUGGCUUUUCUGCUUCUUCUCUUCCUCCAUGGGCAGUGACAGUGGAAUAUCCUAUAAAUUGGGAUCAUAGUUUCUGUGCAUCUGAUUUGAAAGGAGUAUUGAGGAAGGUUUUUCAUCUAUGAUUUCGUAUUGUAUUAAGAAUAUUAUUUAUGAGAUCAAGCCUUCCAACACUACUUACAAUGUAUAAGCAACGGUAGUAACUCCAUGGACAGUAAUAAUGCUUAAAAUUGUAAAUAAAUUUGGGGAUAAUUCAGUUGUUGCUUUAAAAAAAAAAAAAGGCAGCAGAAUUCAGUGGACUAAUUAAAGUCUUUCCCUGUCUACAAGUAUUAAAUGAGGACAGAGGACCUUGUGUGUCCUUAUGCUAAUGUUUGCAUAAAAGUAGUAAGGAAGCUAUUUCUAAAAAGAUGGCCACGUCUGAACAGUAUGGUUUUAGAGAUUUCAAUGUAUGUAUUUAUUUACAGGAGAGGAAACUGGAAUGUAAUCCCAUAAACCACCACCUUUUAUGACUGGAAAACAUUUGCAAAUGAAAAAUUUUAGAAAUUUAUCUUAAGGUUUUUUUGCUGUUUAAUAAAAAUGUAACUUUUGGGUGGCGCCUGUGGCUCAAAGGAGUAGGGCGCCAGCCCCAUGUAUCAGAGGUGGUGGGUUCAAACCCGACCCUGUCCAAAAACUACAAAAAAAAAUAAAUAAAUAAAAAUGUAACUUUAAUGUUUUUAUAGUUGCCUUUAUAAAGUUUAGAUUAUUAUGUAAAAUGUCUUUGUUUCAUGUACCCUCAAAAUUUAGCAGCUAAUUUGGGUGCUGGUUUCUGCCCAGCCAUUUAUCAGUAUUAUGGUUUUAUUUAGUAGCUGGGAGGUAUAUUAGACCAUGACCUGGGUGAGAAAUGGAACCUUCCCUGUGGUUUGAUUACACAUCACACCAGAAUAAGGAAAAAAUACAAAAGAAGCUGAUGUGAAAUCCAUGAGGUAGAGGAAGUAUAGGAGACUAACAGCCUAUGAAGGGUGGUGGUAUAAUAUGUGAAUUUCUACUUUGCCACAUACCUUCGUAGAAUGUCCUUCCUUAAACCUGGCUUAUUCCACUACAGUUGAAAACAUGACCUGGAGCUUACAGGCUCUCCUGGACCUCACUGUGUGGCCCUGGGACAUCCGCCUGAGGACUGGGCGCUUUCUAGCCUCCUGGGGCCCUUGGCUUGACCAAGCAGUUGUACAUGGUUGUGCAGGUGGUUUCUAUUCAAUGCAUUGUGUUACUGGUUUACAGCUUCACUUCAGCGGCCCUAUCUCUAGGAGGCAAAAAUCCUUUUAAACAGUGCCUUGGCUAAGAUGGGUACUUCAUGAAUCAAAGUACAGAAAUGAACUAAGUCAAUCCCAUUUGGAAGGAUACUUUGAUGCUAACUGAAUUCUUCCUAAUAAUUAAAAUGAUGUCGACUGUCAAAGUGCUGAUAGAAGCCAUGGUGGUCUUUUGUAAUUACUGUACAGAAAAUUUCAGAGUGAUUGUCAUAAUCAGGCCUUUAAUAAAUAGGGAGGGAUAUAAUCAUUUAUAGGAAUUAUGCAUGAAAAAAGUUUUAAAAAUGUAUUUUUGUGAUAUGCUAUGUUGAGAGGAAACCAAAUAUUUAUACUUCUCAUUCUUAUUGAAACAUUGUACAAUGUAAUAUGCUCAACUUGACUUUUUUGCUAAUUUUUCUAAGAUAUAUUAAAAAUGUUUUGUAUUUUUUUUUUUUAGCACAUAAGAUAGACCCAGCAAGAAAAUUAAAAUUCCAGAACAACAUACAUUUUAAACUGUCUGAUUUAAUAAAACAACGGGGUAAAGUUGUGUCUAUGUAUGUGUAUUUUCAUAUAAUGAGACAGACUUUAGGGACAUUUCCUGAAAAAACUGGGUUUGGAGUUUAGACCCUGAGAAGUUAGCCGUGGCCUUAUGUUUGGUGUUUGAGUCACUAAUGUGGGCAAACCAUGGCUGAUGUGUCAGCUCUCAAACGGGAACUUGCAAAGAUGAUUUCUCCCUCAUGGUUGCUGUUACCUCCAGACCUUCUUACCUCUGUUUCCUGUGUUUUCUUUUUAUGCCUUUUAGUUUUUCUUUCACCAGAGUAAACAGUGUGGUCUCUUUUGUUUUGGUUUAAGUGGUUACAAGAUAAAACUAUUGUGGACUAAGGGGCCCACUCAGUCCAGCUUGAUUGUAUAUUGGAAUGCUGAUCUUUCUCUGUUAGAGGGAAAGUGGGCGAGAGAGAACACUAACUAGUUGGUGUUUUUCAAAGCUAUUCUUUUCUCUAUUUCAGUGCUUCUCAACCGUUGGCAAUUUUGCCCUCCACCAGGGGGCAUUUGGCAAUGUUUGGAGAUGUUUUUGGUUAAUACAACCGGAGAGAGCUUUACUGGCAUUAAGUGGGUAGAGGCCAGGGAUGCUGUAAUUCAUCCUACCAUGCACAGGACAGUUCCCAGGAACAGAGAACUAUAUGGACUAACAUUUCAACAGUGGGUGGGGCUGAGAAAACCUGCUCUACACAAAAGCAAGUUCUGUUAUCCCGAACAUAAAAGGCUUCAGGAGUUGACUGACCCUUUUGGUGUAAAUGAGGUGCACCUGG